GGAAGAUGAGAAGAGGAGAGGAGUAAACACACUCCAGAUGGGAUCUUGGCAUAAAUUCCACGGGAGUCAUGAGGAAUGAACCCCACUCCAGGAUGAACCCCAGAAUUCAGUAAGCUCAAGUCACUGUUGAAAUCAUGAGCGCUCCAACGACAGGAAGCCCAAAUAUGGAGCUGAAGGUGGUCUCCCAGGAGAUGGCACUGCUUAGCAACAUAAUGGCAGCUUACACCUUCAUUGCAGACCAACCCGAGCGGACAGCAUUGGUGUUUCUGGGUGGUGUCUGUGUUGGUCUUCUCGUCACACUCUGCGCCAUCGUCUUCCAGAUACACUGUCGAGCAGACUGCAGCUAUGGAAACAGUAACAACCCUCACCAUCGCCACAGGAGCAGGCAUCAUCGCCGUCGCCUUCACAGCUGUCCCCACCAUCAGCUCGGUGACAGUAAUCCAGACAGCACUGCUGUUGUUGCGGCUGGAGGGACCGGGCCUGCUGGGGACAGCGAGUCGGAGGAGUGGGAUGAUACAUCGGAGCUGUCGGCACGACGACGCAGACGCUUUGAGAGAGCUCUGCUGCACGCCAGCAUGUUCACAUCAGCUGAGGAGCUGGACCGAGCCCAGCGGCUAGAAGAGCGGGAACGGAUUCUCAGAGAAAUCUGGAUGAACGGGCAGCCAGACAUCAGCACAGUCACUCAAAGCCUCAACAGAUAUUACUGACACAUAAUCAUUCAGAUGGAGAUGGACUGGCAGGUAGAUGGAUAAAAGAUGAAUAAAUAGGUAAACAAAUAAAAAAAAGAACGAACAUAAACCAUUGGUUUGGGAGCUCUGUCUGCACUGCACCAAAGAGACGCUUAUAGAUCAAACUAUAACUAUCAGCACUGUGUGGAGCAGUCUCCCCUACUGUGUAAACAACAAGGAAACAUAUGAAUUGUGAUGGCUCAGCCCUCCAAUACAGGAUGACACUCAAGUGUUUGGAAGAAUGUCCUCAUGCCCUGACAAUCCAACAAAUAAAGACACAACAGGACCUACAGAGCAUGGACCUGCAGGAUUCCUGUCAUCAAUUGUUCAGCGAGUACAGAGGAGGAACAACAGGCAUCACGGAGGCUGCAGCUCUGCAGCCUUUGAUGAGUGUAUGGAUUCAAAUGUUAGUGGUACUGUGUUGUCUCUCAGCUCAUCCUUUAUUUGUUUUUAAAAAUGCUAUAAUAAUGAGCUGAGUGCUGGAGCCUCUUUGUACGAUUAAAUGGAAGGGAAGAGAAACAUUAGCUCCAUGACAGGAUGGAGAAACUCACACUGGUGCUUUUACUGCUGCAACUUUUCAUCCCUAAUUAAACUGAUGAAUGCACACUAACAGGAAUGGUUGUGGAGCUUGAUAAAAAAAAAUUGGGGUGUGUCAUCAAGGAAAACCUGCCUACAGCCUGUUUGUGGGUUGUAUCUGUAGGCCGGGAGGUAAUCAGCUGUAGGUGUUAGACAUUUGGACAGCAGGUCGUGGUGUUUGAGAGGAUCAUGCUGCCUUUCUUUAUUUGGCUCCUGUGGUAAUGAGCUGAAAAAAAUUGAAUAAACUUUUAUCCAGGAUUUUAUGAGCUCUGUGUUCUGUACAUA